UCGAAGCCUGCCGACUCAUCUCUAGAACAGCUUCAGGUGCGGCACCGUGCGUCAUCCUGGCCCCUCUCCAAUCACCUGGUAGUCAACAUGGCACCCGUCGCGGCGGAAGAGGAGGAAGACUACAUGAGCGAAGCGUUUCUCAUACGAGCCGAAGCCCCGUCCAAAAGCGCAGCACGCGCCUCAUCAUCGACUCCGACGACGUACAGCGAGCGCAGGCGAAAAGAGGUAGCAGAUGCGAGUGCACGGAGCCGCAUUAAAAGUCGCGCCGAAAGGGAGCGGGAGGCACGGGAUGAAGGGCUGCGACGGAACCUGCUCGAAGUGGACGCUCCGUAUGCCGCUGCACAUGGGACGCCAGGCAGCGAACACUGUGCUGAGGAUACGGGCAAUAAAGCCCUCAAGAUGAUGCUUGCGAUGGGGUACAAACCAGGUGAUACUCUGGGUCAGCGGCGAGAUCUACCAAGUACGCUGGAUUUAGACGCACCAGCUGCAGACAGAGCCCCGAACAAGAAGGUUCUUCCGGCGCUCGCUCUCCCUGUGGCCAUCGAUCAGAGGUGGCAAGGCCGCGUGCGGCACGGUCUUGGAUCGGCAGAGGUAUCGUUGGCGAUCCAGCGAGCGGCCGCUGCAAAGGCGUCCCAGACAUCCUCAGCAGGACCAACAGCACAAGUCAUCGAAGACUUUCGCGCGCGCAUUGCCGCAGAACAAGCGCUGAAGCACACCGAAGUACUGCUAUCGAAGGCGCGCAAAUCGUGCGAAGAGCUCGAUCGGAAGGGUCUCAGGUUGGAGUACUCGCCGUUGUGGAUCGAUCCGCUGUGGUUGGAGCUGAGCUGGCACGAACAGCUUGACGAUAAUCGGCGCGACAUUCUGCGACGGGCGUUCGGCACUCAACUGGAUGAGAUUACGUGCGCGUCAGGUGUGCAAGAGGCAACGUCCAGUCUUUCAUGGCAAGAGACCAAGGUGCGGCAGGCUCUUGACGCGGAGCGAGAUCGACCACCUUUGAAGGACGAGAAUGAGCAGGAAGAUGGUGUAAAUCCAGCGCCGCCGGAUGGCACCUUGGAAUGCACUGCCGCGGCUGAUAGCGGAACACAUGAUGGUGCAGAAUUGUCGAAUGUGCAGAACCAAGCAGCCGAGGCGAAAGCGUUCUGCUCUCUAGAUCCCUCCAUUCGGCUCGACAUCACGCUGGCCCACCUGCGCAAAGCGCAUGCAUAUUGUCUCUUUUGUGGCUGCCAAUACGAGGAUCUGGCAGAUUUGGAAGCCAACUGUCCCGGUGAAAGAGAGGUUGAUCAUGACUAAUAUUCCAUUGUAGCAUACGGCUCUUUACAGCAUUCCGUGUUCUGGCAU